AUGUACCUGGACGAUCCCGGUUUGGACACUUUGCUGUCGCUGACCGCCGACGAGCUGUUACCGUGCAAUGACCAAGACGACGAGACCUCAUACGAUGACGAGGACAGCAAAGGAAAUCCGCCAGACACUCAAAGGCAGCCGGACAGACCGAGUGACGUUAAACAGGUGUUGGAGUGCACUUAUCCGAAUUGUGACAAGACCUACUUGAAACCGUCCCACCUCAAGGUGCACAUGAGGAGGCAUUCGGGCGAGAAGCCAUACGGGUGCAUGUGGCCGGGCUGCACUUGGCGUUUCUCCCGAUCCGACGAGCUGUCCCGGCACUGUCGGUCGCACUCAGGCGUCAAGCCGUACGGGUGUGACGUGUGCGACAAGCGGUUUUCGCGGUCCGACCACCUGGCCAAGCACGCGCGGGUCCACCACAAGCGGAUGGCCGCCGCGGCUGCCCGGCUGCAGUGGCCGCCUCAACAGUGCCAGAAGCACGCCGCCGUACAACCGACCGCAGCCACCACGGUUAAUACCUCCGUAACCACCUCACCGGUCACCAGACGUCAGUGA